AUGGAGCGGCCGGUGAGGGUGCAGACUUGGGUGGAGGAGAACCGAGCCUCCUUCCUGCCCCCCGUCUGCAACAAGCUUCUGCAUAAGGAGCAGCUCAAAGUCAUGUUCAUCGGCGGCCCUAACAUCAGGAAAGACUACCACAUCGAGGAGGGUGAGGAGGUGUUCUACCAGCUGCAGGGCGACAUGGUUCUCCAAGUCCUGGAGCGAGGGAAACACCGGGAUGUGGUCAUCCAGCAGGGAGAGAUAUUCCUCCUGCCCGCUGGGAUCCCCCACUCUCCACAGAGGUUUGCCAACACGGUGGGGCUGGUGAUUGAGCGGAGGCGGCUGAAAACUGAGCUGGAUGGGCUCAGGUACUACAUCGGAAACACCACGGACGUCCUGUUUGAGAAGUGGUUCUACUGCGAGGACCUCGGCACACAGCUGGCCCCCAUCAUCCAGGAGUUCUUCAGCUCUGAGCAGCACAGGACAGGAAAGCCCAUCCCUGACCAGCUGCUCAUGGACACGCCGUUCCCCCUGAGCACACGAUCCGUCAUGGAGCCCAUGUCCUUGGAGGCCUGGCUGGCUGGCCACCGCAAGGAGCUACAGGGGGGCGCGUCCCUCAGCCUGUUUGGGGACACCUAUGAGACCCAGGUGAUCGUCCACGGACACGGCGGCAGCAAAGGCUCGAGGCAGGACGUGGACAUGUGGCUGUGGCAGCUGGAGGGCUCCUCGGUGGUGACCAUGGGGGGGCAGCCCCUGAGCCUGACCCCCGAUGACAGCCUCCUGGUGCCUGCCAGGACUGAGUACUCCUGGGAGCGAAGGCAAGGCUCUGUGGCCUUGGCUGUGAUGCAAGACCCCGCCCGCAAGAAGCCCCUGGGGUGA